AUGAAGAAACCCCAGCACAACCGCCGACACAUCGGCGACGACAUAUGGUGGCCGGCCCUUGUCGCCGCCGCGUUCAAGCUCCUCUUGAUCCCCGCCUACCGGAGCACUGAUUUCGAGGUCCACCGCCACUGGCUGGCCCUGACCCACUCCCUCCCCCUCCCCCAAUGGUACUCCGACGCCACCAGUCAGUGGACCCUCGAUUACCCACCGUUCUUCGCCUACUUCGAGAAUUUUCUCUCCGUCAUCGCCUCAAAGGUGGACCCCACCAUGACAGAUCUCCACCGCGGGCUCGAUUACGCCUCGCCGCGCACGAUCCUAUUCCAGCGGAUCUCCGUCGCGCUGUCUGACGUCGUUUUGGCCUGCGCGGCCCAUAGGCUGACCGGAAACAGGAGCUUCGGGAAAUUCGAGAGGCUUUUGAUUUGGGGGUUGCUCGUUUGGUCGCCUGGGUUGUUUAUCGUUGACCAUUUGCACUUCCAGUACAAUGGGUUUCUGUUGGGGAUGCUGUUGCUGUCAAUUUCAUUUCUGGAGGAAGGAAGGGACUUGCUCGGAGGUUUCGUUUUCGCGGUUUUGCUCUGUUUUAAGCAUCUGUUUGCUGUGGCUGCGCCUUUGUAUUUCGUUUAUCUUUUUAGGCAUUAUUGUAGGGGUGGGUUUGCUAAAGGAUUAGCGAGGUUGGUGCUUAUGGGGAGUGUGGUUAUGGCGGUGUUUGCCGCUGCAUAUGGGCCGUUUUGGUACUAUGGUCAGAUACAACAAGUUCUCCAUCGCAUGUUUCCUUUUGGCAGAGGGCUAUGCCAUGCCUACUGGGCUCCAAAUUUCUGGGUAUUUUAUAUUAUGUUGGAUAAAUCUCUGGCAUUUUUGCUUGCGAGACUAGGGUUCAAUAUCCAAGCACCAAAAGCUUCCUUUACUGGUGGUCUAGUGGGGGAUUCUUCGCCUUUUGCUGUAUUACCCACGAUUACCCCUUUGAUUACGUUCGUUACAGUCCUGUUGGCCAUAUCACCUUGUCUAGUAAAGGCUUGGAAGAAUCCCCGAGCACGGAUGGUCUCGAGAUGGGUAUCUUAUGCAUAUACAUGCGGCUUUAUGUUUGGAUGGCAUGUUCAUGAAAAGGCUUCUCUUCACUUUGUGAUUCCCCUUGCUGUGACAUCCUUGAAUAGCGUGAAGGAUGCUACACACUACUUCUUUUUGUCCAUAGUGUCUUGCUACUCGCUUUUCCCACUUAUGUACGAAGCCCAAGAAUAUCCAAUUAAAGUUCUACUUCUGCUUCUGCACACUGUUUUGAUUUUUUUCGGGUUUUCCUCACGUUUUACUGGGAAAAACGCAACAACAAUCAAUGGAAGAGACCACAAGCCGGAAAAUCCAUCUUUCCACAUUGGAUGGCUCGGGAGAUCCUACCUGUUCGGCUUAAUAGUUGUUGAGAUAUGGGGACAGUUUUUGCAUCCUAUCAUUUUUGGUGACCGGCUUCCCUUUCUACCCCUCAUGAUGAUAUCCAUAUAUUGUGCUCUUGGAAUGUUUUACUCAUGGGUUUGGCAGCUAAAAAUGAUUUGUUCGAACCAUUGA